CUCAGAGGAAACCAUGAAUGUUCCAGCAUCAAUAGAAUUUAUGGAUUAUGAUGAAUGUAAAAGAAGAUAUAACAUUAAACUAUGGGAAACUUUCACAGACUGCUUUAACUGUUUACUGAUAGCAGCCAUCGUGGAUAAGAAGAUAUUCUACUGUCAUGGAGGUUUAUCACCAGAUCUUCAAUCUAUGGAGCAGAUUCAGGGAAUUAUACAAUCAACUAAUAUAUCAGAUCAAGGUCUUUUUUGUGAUCUUUUGUGGUCUGACCCUGAUAGAGAUGUCUUAGGCUGGGGUGAAAAUGACAGAGGAGUACCUUUCACAUUUGGUGCAGAAGUGGUUGCAAAAUUUUUCCAUAAGCGUGAUUUGGAUCUUAUAUGUAGAGCCUACCAGGUGGUUGAAGAUGAAUAUGAAUUUUUUGCAAAGAGGCACUUGGUCACUCUGUUAUCUGCACCCAAUCAUUGUGGGGAGUUUGACAAUGCAGGUGCAAUUAUGAGUGUGGACAAAACUCUAAUGUGUUCUUUUCAGAUUUUAAAGCCUGCAGAGAAAAAGAAGCUGAAUGCCAUGGGACCUGUAAUACCUCCAAGGGGUAUGAUCACAAAGCAAGCAAAGAAAUAGAUGUCAUUUUGACACUGUCUAGUUGGGACUUGUAACAUAGAGUAUAUAACCUUCAUUUUGAAAACUGUAAUGUGUAUUGGUCAGCUUGCUCAAAUAGUGUGUUU